AUUUGGCGGUGAAUUCGGUGGCUUUUUUUUGCCUACCCCAACCCUAUAUAGCCUACAGGUAUGCACCCCUCGCCGAAGGUAUUGUGGUCCACACAAAGGAACUCGCUCCACUUUCCUAUUUGAGGUGACCUCCUUCUCAGCAUGCGACCGCUGGCCAGCCUGCCUUGUUGUCCAACGUGAAGAUCUCGCCUUUUGGAUUUCGGGCAGAAUGUUUUAGCCAUAUAAAGAUAGAUUCUCAAUUGAUAGCGACUAUGAUAUAUUCUGCAUUUGGGUAUAUUACGCAUCGUCAAGCCAAGACAUUUGAUUCCUUGCGCGUGAACAUUAGCUAGACUCGACAACCCAAUCAAUGAAUGUCCUUUUGAGUUCUUCUUCAACGUUUCUUGAACUGCAGAGGCUAUAGCCUACUACAGAAACUGGGAUAUUGCAUUUAUUGUGUGUGUACGCUGUAGCCAUUUCCAACGUCAAGAUGCAGUUUCGGACAGUGUUGGAUGUAAAAGUCGUGGACGUGGAGAAGCGGCGCAAUCCGUCCAAACAUUACGUGUAUCUCAUCAAUGUCACAUACUCUGACAACACCUCCCACAUAAUCUACAGGAGAUACAGCAAAUUCUUUGACCUUCAGAUGCAGAUUCUUGACAAGUUCCCAAUCGAGGGAGGGCAGAAAGAUCCCAAGAAGAGAAUCAUCCCAUUUCUCCCAGGUAAGAUCCUGUUCAGGCGGAGUCAUGUGCGGGAUGUGGCCAUGAAGAGGCUACGUUUCAUCGAUGACUACUGCAGGGCUCUAGUCCGUCUCCCUCCUCAGUUGUCUCAGAGUGAGGAGGUGCUGCGCUUCUUUGAGACCAAAGCUGAUGACCUCAACCCCCCAGGAGAGGACUAUGGAUCAUCCAAGCGCAAAUCAGUGUGGAUGUACGGCUUUACCGACAGUCCAAGGAAAGAGGCCUCAGGCAUUGACAGCUCGGACCCUAUGGUGCUGGAGCAGUACGUGGUGGUGGCCAACUACGAGAGGCAGGAGAACUCUGAGAUCAGCCUGCAGGCUGGGGAGACGGUGGACGUGAUCGAGAAGAGCGAGAGCGGUUGGUGGUUCGUUAGUACAGCCGAGGAGCAGGGUUGGGUGCCGGCCACAUACCUGGACUCACAGAACGGCACUAGAGACGACCUGGAACUUAGCACCGUCAGGACAGGAGAAGUUACUAAGAGACGCAAGGCUCAUCUGAAGAGACUGGACCGCAGAUGGACCUUGGGGGGCAUAGUGAACCGCCAGCAGAGUCGAGUAGAAGAGAAGUACACGACGGUGCAGCCGUACGCCAGCCAGGGGAAGGACGAGAUCGGCUUUGAGAAAGGGGUCACCGUGGAGGUCAUCCAAAAGAACCUGGAGGGCUGGUGGUACAUCAGGUACCUGGGGAAGGAGGGCUGGGCCCCGGCCUCAUACCUGAAGAAGAUGAAGGAGGACUUCUCAUCCUCGGGCAGGAAGAAGACCCCGACAGGCCCUGUGGAGAUCAUCGGCAACAUCAUGGAGAUCAGCAACCUGCUCCAGAAGAAAUCCAGCAGUGAGAAAGAUGUCCAAACGGAUGGAGAUUCCACCAGUCCUGAGCGCCACAUCUCCAAGAGUGAGAUCAGCCUGCCCAUGCCCUAUGCCCCAGGUUACAACCCCAGCCCCGACCACGGCCCAGGUCCCAGUCCUGGGCUGAGUUCUGGAUCUGGGAUGGGUACCUCCAGUCCUAGCCUGGGCCCUGGUGCUAGUGGCCCUCUACAGGACAGUAAGGGGAAGACGGAACCUGGUUCCCCUGCUGUAGCACGUGUCGCUCCACACAGAGUGUCGAUAGGCUCUCCCAACCUCCGACAAAAACCCCCUCCUAGAAGAGAAACAAAUCUGGGCUUCCAGUUACCCAAGCCACCAGAGCCCCCUACUGUGGAAGCGGAGUACUACACCAUCGCAGAGUUCCAGUCCUGCAUCUCUGAUGGCAUCAGUUUCCGUGGAGGGCAAAAAGCUGACGUUAUAGAGAAGAACUCCGGGGGCUGGUGGUAUGUCCAGAUCGGGGAGACGGAGGGUUGGGCCCCCUGCUCCUACAUCGACAAACGUAAGAAGCCCAACCUCAGCCGACGAACCAGCACGCUUACCCGCCCCAAAGUCCCGCCCCCAGCUCCACCCGUCAAAAAGCAAGACUCAGAGGAGACGCCCUCACCUUCACCCAGUCACUCCAUCUCCUCAUCGUCCAAAGCCCCAGAAUCCCCUAGUCGGGCCGCAGUAUACGAGGAACCGGAAUACGACAUUCCCGCCGUUGGAUGCGAGGGCGAGUCGGACACAGAUUCCCUGAAGGGAGAGACAAUACAUCGCCCCCUGGAGGUGAAAAUCAACAAUGUGGUCUAUGAGAAGUACCGUAGUUCUCCUCCGGUCUGCAAGACCUCCCCUGUGAUUAUCAGCUAUAGAAGAAGGUCCUUCAGGUCCGUUGAAGAGAUGGCCAAGGAGGAAUGUAUCUAUGAGAAUGAUGGCUUCAGGCGCAGUAGUGGUGAUGAAGGGGCUUCGGCCAAAGGCUGCGGUGGUUCCAACUCCCCAAGGAUCUACCACUCCUCGACUGUACCCCGCAAACCCUCAGGGUCUUCACCUCUAGCAGGGGGAAAGCCAUUGAAGAAGAUCGCCCCGGAGCUGAGCCGAAGCCAGUCCUUAGCCAAAGCCGACACCAGCCCCAGGUCGUCCUCAGACGAAUCAGGUAGAGGUUCCAGGAGACCUCCAGGCAUCAGGACGGUGGAGCAAAGGAUAGGUCAGAGCCCCUCCACCAAGCUCAAGCCCUCGGUGAGGCCUAAACCUCUGCUCACCACCAAGUCUGAGCCACAGUGCUCUGAGAGGAUGGACAUCACUUCCCUGAGACGCCAGUUGAGGCCCACGGGACAACUCCGGCAUACAGUCCAUGGGCUCAAAGACACAGAGACGUCCUCUGUCAUCUCGUCGGAGGACUCCCAUUCUUCCCGCAACAGCACCUCAGACCUCUCUUCCAUCUACUCCAAGGGGAGCCGGGGAGAUUCUGAUCUGGAGGGGUUCAACCUAUACCGGACCACAGACGCCUACGACAAGGUCCAGGAAUCAGAGCUGAGCUUUCCACCUGGGGUGGAGGUGGAAGUCCUGGAGAGGCAGGAGAGUGGCUGGUGGUACAUUCGUUGGCGGGACGAGGAAGGCUGGGCGCCCACCUUCUACCUGGAGCCCAUCCACCAAGGGAGGGACGGCGGUGGGUCCGAGUCUGACGGGCAGCGCUCUCGGUCGGGCAGCGGCACUGGGAGCAAGUCCAACAGCCUGGAGAAGAAUGAGCAGCGCGUGCUGGCGCUCAACGACAUCAACCUCCAGGGACUCACCAACCACCACCAGGUACACAACACGCCAGGGGGUCUGAGAUCGAGGAACAUUCCCCCCAUCCCCUCCAAGCCUCCGGGGGGCUUCUCCAAGCCGGCUGUGCUGGUUAACGGAGCUGUGAGAAUGAGGAACGGUGGGGUGAGACCGCAGUCCGCCGUCAGACCCCAGUCCGUGUUCGUGUCUGUGCCACAGCCCGCCAUGGACAGUCAACACUACAUGACGAGUUCCCUGAGGCGGAACGAGUCAUUGGCCGCCCACAACCAGUACCGUACCGACCAGUACCGCUCCGGUUCCGCUACCCUCGGCGUGCGCCGUAACUCCUCUUUCAACGCAGUGCGUGCGCAACCCGUCACAGUCGAGACCCGAUUGAGACCCUCAGAGCGCUCUAUCACCACCAGGGAUUCUUCGGCGGAACGAUUUGGCGCCGGUGGCGGGACGGACGCCUUUAGCAGGGUUGGGGUAGUUGUGCAGCGUAAUGGUAUCCCCGUAACCACAGUCAGGCCCAAGCCUAUCGAGAAGAGCCAGCUGAUCCAUAACAACCUGGGGAGGGAGGUAUAUGUUUCCAUCGCUGACUACCGGGGGGACGAUGAGACCAUGGGCUUCCCUGAGGGCACCUGCCUGGAGGUUCUAGACAGGAACCCCAACGGGUGGUGGUACUGCCAGGUCCAAGAUGCCCUGCACCCCCGCAAGGGCUGGGUCCCCUCCAACUACCUAGAGAGGAAGAAGUAAUGGCCUAGUAAUAAUAACAAUGUCCCCCUUUGAUGAUGUCACUAGGAAUAUUGGUGAUGACAUCACUCCAUAAGAAUGUUACCCCACAAGAGCUACCGCAAGCAAUAUGCUCCAAAUAUGUAAACAGAUGAUUGAUUCUGAAAGACUUUAUAUAAAAAAACAACAUCUUGUUUUAUCCUUAUAAUGAGAAAGAGACACUUUUAUUAAAGUGUACACGUAAAAGACUAAAAGUUCAGAUUUUUGCGUGCGAUAUGGGAUAUAACGAGAGACUGAAAACAGGGUUGGCCACCCCCAGUGUUAGAAACACAAAGAAGUUUUUGGAACUUUGGAACGAUUUGACACGACACCUUCUAGAAGGGGUUUACAUUAGAAAGAGAAGAUGGCUGGGCAAUGAUGGUAAGCCUUAUACCUGCCCUUGUGACUAUAAUGCCAAAUAGGUGCCUUUCGUAGAUGAUCAACUGAAUGGGGGUUCGAAGAAGCGGACGGAACACAUCGGUGAAUCAACGUCAUUACCAAAUGUAUUACUGUGCCAUAGGCCUAUGAGCAUGAAUACCACCAAAAUUAUUUUUGUAAUGUUCAAGAGAAUCACUUGAGUAGGAGUGUUUAAGAGCGUUACCGAGUGAAUAGGAUCAAUCUAGAGUGUUCAGAAUCAAAUAAGAAAAAAACAAGAGAAAGGGAGAGAUAUCAGUGACUCUCAGUGAGUCACAAUUGACUCACUGCAAAUUACUAAUUGUUUAAUGAUCUUUUUUAGACAUUACUGUAUGUUUUGUUCUUUAAUGUCUUUGUGUGUCUUUCUGUCUGUCCUUAGAGAUGUAUUUCUGCUUUCUUGUGUAACACUCCACCGACAGCCCAGAAUUGGAAAGAGUCCAAGUUUCCUCUACACGUAAUUAGACAAACUUUGUAGUGUCACCCCAUUUUUGGAGUCCAACUUCUUAUUCUAUAUUUUCAACCAAGCCUACAGUAUCUUGCACACAAAUAAAGCCGAAACUUGUCAAGCUUGAAAUCUAAUCAAAGUAUACUUAUUGGGAAUUAAAUUCCAAUUGAAGGUGCUUUUCAGUUAAAACAUGUUUUCUUUUUUACCUACCACCAAGAUAUUACUUUACACAAUAAGUUGUAGUAUUGUCUGUCUGUAUUAGUCCCAGACAAAUAUAUUUGUAUAUAUGCUUUACUGUAUACAGUAAAGCAACCGCAGUUGCACAGAAAAUAAGUACUGGAAAUAUGGCUUCAUAAUGAUCUUUGAAUCCCAGGGAUAUAUUUCCAUAGCCUCAAGCCCGCAAUGUGAUCAAACCAAAGCAGAAUAUCAUUGCAUUGGCUAUUUUGUAUCUUUACUAUUGUAACGAGUGCGCUGGGAGUCAGGAGGCAAGUUCAGGGAGUGUGUUUUAAUCAAUAAAUGUAACAUAAUACAAAACACAAACAACGCACCUACAAGAAACAGAAACAAUGGGGAAGGAACCAAAGCGAGUGAAAUAUAUAGGGCAGGUAAUCAAGGAGGUGAUGGAGUCCAGGUGAGUGUCUUUAUGCGCUAAUGCGCAUAACGAUGGUGCCUUAACGAGCAGCCUGGUGACCUUGAGGCCGGAGAGGGAUCACACGUGACAACUAUUUAUUUAUGGAUACAAAUAGCCCAAUACAGUGUAUUCUAAAAAAUAACUAAAUCGAAGUUUAAAAACUGAAGAAUAAAAAAAUAUAUAUUUUGAUAACAUCUGGACUCAGUUAAUGUUCUGAACCCAAAUGAAAGUAUGUUGAAACAUGCAGAUAUUGCUGUGCAGUAUUGGUUUAUGUGAUAUGCAAUAAAAUUUAUGUUCACUUCCGUGCUUUAAAAGUAGUUUGGUAUCUACUGGAUUUAGAAUAGUACUGCAGGACUAUUUUUUGUUAUUACUAUUUACUUAUACGUUUUCCCCAAACACAAAACUGAUAUUACUUCAAAACGAUCCCCAAUUGAAAAUCCAAAUGAAGUACUAUUUCAACUGGCUGGUGUUCAAGACUGCUGAAAUAUUUUUCUAACAGUGUGUGACAUUUUUUCAUGACAUUUUCUGCUGGACAGUAUUAUAGUAUUAAAGUAUUGUACCUGCUAGAUCGCAGUUAUAUCUGUUUUAGCCAACCAUAGUUGUUUUUUGUUGUUACAGUGUGAUCACACAUAGACAAUAAUGAAGAUUGAAGUUCCGUUUUUUGUGAAUUAAUGCACUUUAACACUUGUUUACAGUGCAUUAAUGUAAAGAUGCAGUUGAAAUACUCAGCAUAUUAUUUAUUGAUUUAAAAAAAAAAACUAUUUAAUAAGAGUAUUUUUUUACCUCAAGUUUUUCAACUCCUGUCUUUUCACAGGAAAAUAUCUCAGUCAUUAGAGGAUGCCAAAGCUCCUCACAAUAUAAUAAUUGGAUACUGUACAUGGUACUCUCUUGUGGGAGAUGAAUGCUACUGCAACAUACUUUUUCCAUGUUGCCCUACAAACCGGCAGUUACAAUGCAAUACCAAAUGCACUGCUGGUCAGUGAAACUACCAACUACACAAUGCCUGUACAUAAUUGAAUGUUUUCAAAUAUUAAUGAGGCUAAGAGUUGUUGUUUUUUGUAGUUUGUACAUUUUUUAGUUCACUUUAUUCUAUUUGGCUAUCUUUUUUUCCAACCUUCUAAAUGACAUUUUCCCCCCCAUGCUGUGUGCUGCAACUAGCAAAAUCAUGGACACUUCCUUUCUCCUUAUUGGUCUGUACGUAAUGCCUGAUUCAAAUCAUAUUUAUUUUUGACCUAAUGUUUAUACCUCCCAUUUGUGGUUUGACAAUCAGAUAUGUAUCCACUGCCUCACUAGACUGGACUAGACCUGUCAACCUAGUACAAAAGUCAAUAAUGUGUGAUAUACUGUAUCAUUUUUUGGACAUUUCUACAGUCUAUUUGGUAUGAAUUUCAAGCCGUUGCAUACAGAUCUAUAGAAGCUGAAGUUAGUUCUGCAUCACAAAUGGAGGGUAUAAAAUGCUCUUUAUCUCACCCAUCAUAUCCCAUCUAAAGCAAUGGAAAUCAAUAAUUAGGUCUAUGUGAAGUACAACUACAGUUGAUACAGAACCCCUAACCCAUCUCCCUCCCCUCGACGAAGGCAUUAUGUAAACGUGUUGAAUCACCCAUAACAUUUUGCUUCAGCACAUAUUAAUGCAUAUCGCUAUUGUUUAAUUGAGUACAAUUUACAUGGCUUCUCUGCCUGCGCUUGCAAAUUACAAGGGAAUUGUAAUGUGUCAAGCUUGACUUUUUCAUAUUUAGUAUGAUGUAUUUUUUAAAUAUUUGUAAAAAAAAUAAUUUGUUCAAUGUUUUGGUCAAAAUGAUACAUUUUUUCUUAUUUGUUUUUAGUUUUCACCCCAUUGUAUUUGAACAUCUUUCAGAAAUGUAAUAAUGAGGAAAUGUGCAAUAGAAAUAGGCAUCUUUAAAAAGCAUAGCUAUGGAAAAACAUGAUCAACAGGACCUCCUCUUUCAACAUGCCUAAGGAUACAUGAUACAAAAAGAUAUUGUAUAUCCCUUAAUCCAUUCAAGCCAUCAUCGGUCAUGUAAACACCUUUAGGUCAUGACUCAUUUCAGGUCCACUGCUUUUUUCAUAUUAGCCUUUUUCAAAACAGCAACAAUCUAAUGGCACUAAACAUACUCCAAUCCCAUUGGAGGUGCUUACUUCCAUUGAGCUACAGCACAACAUGUUGUGACAUGAUGGACAUGAUUUUUAACCAAUGGUCACGUAAGAAUCCCUUCUGGUCCUUCCUCCUGGCUAGCAUGUGUGGCUAGCGGACUGUGAAUGUCACCGGCAGAAGCCAAUGACCCGGGUUCCGACCUCGUUAACAUCUAGCUGUUCUCUACCACAGAUCCACAGCGGUAAGAGUUGUGUCAGCAUCGAGGGCCUCUAGGUACUCACCAGACUGCCUUCGAGCUGUCACGUUUGUGCCUGAACAAAAUGUUUUUGUUCUUGGAGAGUCUCUCCUCCAACUACAGUACGCAGAUGCCUCCAUGCCAUUUGAACACAAGCCAUGCCGGCCUCUUUCAACCCCGUUGCCAUGGCAAAAGUGACAUUUGGAACCAUCACAGAUGUCAACCGCGUAAUGUAAACUGGGAGAGAGACUGUUAAGGGAAACAGUGAUGUGUACUACAGGGCCAUCGUAGUUUAAUCCAUCCGCUUCCAAAACCUAUACCUACCACCAAAUAUAAGAAAACACCUUUUUUUAUGUAUCUCCAUGUCCUCGAUUAAGCCCCAUGGGAAUUCAUUUCAGACUUGACCAUGUUCCGAAUGUUUAGAAUCUUCUGAGGAGAAAGAGAGAAAAUACUACAUGGGUUUGGUUCUUUGUCAACAGAUUACAACAGUGAUGUUCUUGAGGUCCACUAAAACUGGUUGGUUUAGAAGUUUCCUCUACAGAUGAUUUCUUUCACUUAUCCCCACAUAACAGUUAAGGUGCUUUGGAAGGUCUCGGUUAAUUUCCUUUCCCCUCCAGUGGGUUUUAUAGGGAAGAAACACACACACACCCUUGAGUUUUAACUUUGGUGGAGGGUGCCACAGAUUUGUGGUAAAGUAGCACCCAUGCACGGGGUGACACACACACACACACACCGACGAGGGAUGCCAUUCAUGUCAGAGGGAAUAGAUUAGAGCCUCUACCAUAUUUGCGAACUCAGCCAAGUGAGACAGUCCCUACUGACGCCACACUGCCUCGACUCUCUGCCCCCGCCUCCUUUCUCUCUUUUUAUUUGAACAAAUUGGCGGGCCUUCUCGAGCGUGACCUUCCCUUAAGCCUAGUAAUCCUAGAUAGCACCAGCCGGAAUGUCCUUUUUCCUUCCCGGAUCUUUUUUUCUACUCUUCCUUUACUAGUGCCUCCUUGCUCACUCUUUGGCCUUUUCCACCAAACUUCCGCCAUGUUCUUUUUCUUUCUUUCGCCUCAACCAAAGCUAGCAGUUCCCAGUGCUGAAAGCUAGUCACUUGAAGUAAGAAGAAAGAAGAGAUUGGAUGUGUUGAGUGUAUCUAGUGUAUGAGGUUUGGGUCGUAGAAGCAUGUGAUGUGAGAUAUUGUGUGUUGGUGUGUUUGAGAGAGGACGUGUGCACUGUGAUGAGAUGGAUUGCGUGCAGGUGAGGUCAGGAGAAAGAUAGGAGGAGGUCAGGGAUGAGGUUAGUUGUGUGUGGGAUGCGUCGGGAAACCUGAGAUGGAUCAGAUUGUGGAUCGUAGAUGACAUGGCAAGAAUGAGAGAACGAGACAGAGAUAGGGAAAGAGAGAGUGAGAAUGAGAGAAAGAGAGACAGGAGCUGGAUACAUUUGUGGACAUUGUGCUCCUCUGUUCAUGCUGACUGGACUUCCAUUAAAACCAGCAGCAACAGCUUCCAUCAGAGACAAUGAAUAACACUGCAUCAUACUUCCUCCUCUUCUCCCAUCUCCCAUGGCUUGGGCUAAUGAACUAUCCAAUGUACGAUGCGUGGCUGUGAAAUCUCAUUAUCAAAACACCAUUUUAAUUGCGGUAGUUAAAGGUUUGACGGCCAGUAAUUCUCGCGCCGGUGGCGCCCUGAUAGCGGGGUGGCACAGCCACGAGGGGCUAAUCUAAAACAAAUGAGAUUGCGGCUGUCGAAGAUGGAUAGAUGCUCUCACUCUUUGUCGCUCUAGUUCUGUCUCUACAGCUUUUUAGUGGGUGGCAUAUUAAUCAUGUGUUUGAUUUAUUCAGCUUUAUAUCAUUUGCUGUGGUGAAGCUUCAACUUCUGUCUGAUGGCUUAUUCUGUCCUGGUGUGAAGGGAGAGGCUGGAGAGCCAGGUUAAUGAGAGAAAGGGUAGGAGAUGUGAUGAUUUGAGAAAGUUAGUAGUAAGUGUUUGUGAAAGGGGUGUGAGGUGUUUAACUUAAGGGUUGUUUUUAGUAGGUAUUUUUAACAUAACUUUUUUAGAGUGAAUUUUUUAUGUUGUUUGCUCAUGAAGGAAGUCAAUGAAUGAAAGAAAAGAAGAAGAACAAGAGGGAUGAAAGCUUACUCAGUGCUAGAACUGAUGGUAACGCUUCAGACAGGUGGAAUGGGACUGCUGACUACGCCAAGUGUUACUUAACACAACAGGUGGCGUUGGGGCAUUGCUUAGAAUGCUAAUGUAUUGCAUGGCUGAGGAAUAGUGCAUGCGGGUUCUUUUUUUGUGUUUCCUGCUGUGCUGAGACUCUCACUGUUUGACUUCCUGUUCUAAUGACUACUUUAUACUCUCUUUAAUUAACCCUCAGACAGAUACAUCAUGUCAUAUCACUCUUAGCAAUAACUGCUCACACUGCUUAAAACUACCUUCCUUUUUUUGUAUGGGUACCAAUAUGGACCAUAUUUAUUGCCACAUCCAUAUUUUCUGGAGGGAGGAUUUGUCAGAUAAAGAUGUGUGUCAUUUCAGGGGUCACCGAAUUCUUUUUAGUUGGCGUAGUCAAACGUCUUGUUAUUACCUAAGAUCAGGCCUUCACGAGCAUUCUCUGAUGCCAGUUAUAGUCUAAUUCCUAUUUACAGUAGAACGUAGUGUGGCAAGUCUCCAACACUGUCACAAAAACCUAAUUUGUAGACAAGGCCUCAAACCAAAGUUAUACUCUCUAAACCUAUGCUCUGUAAACCAUCUAGGUCCUUAUACCCAAACUUGAAACAAGAAUGACCCACUACCAGUAUGUCAACUCUGUUACAUCAUACCACCAAUGCUUCGAGUUGGACCAAAGGAGUUGCUAUAAUAUCUGUUUUUCUCUCUUUUUUAAAAUUUGCAUUAUUCGUGUUUGUGUUCAACUCUAUAGAGACAACUAUAGAGACUCGUCCUGUUUUCAAAAGAAAGGUGUCGUGGGAGGAUGGAGUUCAAGAGAAACGUGUUUUCUGAUUCCUUUUGUAAAUGUCACUGACGUGAGUCAUUCGGUGUGACAAAAUGUAAUGUUGUGUGACAAGGCGAUAAAGAAGCAGGACAUGUCAUGAUUUUACAAUUUGGCAUCAGUGAGUCAAUAAGUGUAUGUGAAAGUACAGCAAAUGUACAAAUAAUCGAAUCAGUCUACUCUUCAACGGGAAACAUAGGAAUUGGUUUGUGUGCCAGCGGUUCGUUUUGAAAACAGGGCCGUCCCUUUUUACCGUUUUCAUUUUGAAAACCUUUUUGUUGUUGUUGUGUCUUGUUCCUGUUUACAUUGUAUCUUGCAUUGCCCCUAAAGAGCAACACUAUUAAAUGUAUUAUCUUUGUUUAAUUCA